CAUUGACACAACUGUCACAAGUAGUAGCCAAAACUUUAGAUUCAUGACACAUAUAGUAAAUAAAAACAAAGACAAAAUGGACUCUGCGAAUGGCAAAAGAGGAUCAACUCUGAUACGCCUACCACGAAACACGCGACGCAAGAAAUCCAUAUGCUACAGCAAACGCGCCUCAAAGGUAUCGCCCGAUGUUCCCCUACCCAAAGAGACGCCACAACGAGUAUUCCUCUAUAUGAAAUUGAACAGCAUUGUCAAUCUGCCGGUGGCACCAUAUCCACUAGAACUGCAUCUCUAUCAUGUGCAGCAAACGCUGCAAAAGAUGUCCGAACACUACACGACCGAAACCAUUAUCUACUCCCAUGAAUUCGAGAUGGAGCGACCCGCAUUCGCCAUGGGCAUCAUACAGGACAGCAUUGAUGAUCUGAAUGUGUUCAGCGACAAUCCAUUGGUUGUCUCUCUGUAUCAACGCAUUCCGCGUCAUCGUCGCAAGGAACUGAAAACCGUGACGGAAGUGCGAACCGAAACUUCGAUAAUGCGAGUGUCCACGAAAACGAAACAAAAAGUUAAAAUGUCUUCAGAUCCUGAUCAUUACGUUUCGUCUGAGGGACAACACUCUACACAUAUUGUGGACAUGGCAGCCGAAGCUUGGGGAAAUGCAUCGGGAGAUGGUGUUGCCAUAUUGGGAGAGGCAUGUGAUGAAGAAGACGAUGAUGAUUUUGUUGAGGAGAGGCUAGAAUUCUUAUCACGCGGCCAUUGCGAUCUUUUGCAACUGUUUCAAUGCAAACGGUUUAUUGCCAACAUUCCCAUCAUGCUGUAUGCCGAAUACGAUCGCAUGCUGGAGACAACGACUAGCCAGAAAAUCACCACUACUAGCGAAUGGCAUAUGUACUCCAUACUGCCGAUACUCAAGAAAUUCCACUUUACCAAUCUCGUAUUCGUCACUCUCGAGUCGAUUUACAAUGCACCCGAGGAACUACAUCAACGUGCCGGACAUUUGGGCAUAAAUAUAUCGAUACGUUCCACUGAGCCGGACCCCGAUCUAGAUAUGGAAUAUCACGUUAUUCCAUUCUGCACUUUCUAUGGCUUCAUCUCACAGAUUAUUGGCUAUCAAAACACCAUCAUUGUGUGGGAGAGUAUCAAGCGAGAUUUGCUAAAUGAUUCGCGCUGCAAGUCGAGCAACAAUCAAAUGGAAACGAGUGCAUACAUUAAAUUGCCACGCUUAUUGCGCGAUCUGUUGACGACACCGGGUGUGGAUAUGAAGAUCGAUGAGAUCAAUCAAUUUGCAGACUAUGCACUCAUCAACAACUCGCUGCAUCGCUAUGUGAUGACCACAGACAUGCGUGAGGUGCUCGAGUCUGCUGUGCUGCACAAUCAGUAUGUACUGCUGCUGCAGCUCUACGAUGAGACGCCGGACAAUGUGCUCUACGAGGGCGUCAUUAACCCGAGUGUCUUUGGUUAUCCAGAGGUCACCUCCUGUCGCUUUGCCAGUGUGCUUUCCCCCGUCGUGCGAAGGACGGAACGAAAGACAAAUCGUUUAACAGAAUCAUCCGAACCGGAAUCGAUCAUGUUUUCGAUUAUAAAGAUAUGCUUUUUCCAGCCUCUAACCAAGCGCAACGAACGCUUAGAUGUGUUCAAUGAAAAUCAAAUGAAGUGCGCCAAGUUGCGACUCUGCAUGGGUCCAGAAUUUCCGAAUGAGAGCUUAAAGAGUCGCGAUAUUAUCAAAGAGUUGUAUCGCAAUUUCGACGAACUGAUCAAAGAGCUGAUAAGUUUCAUGGUGAAGAAUGAUGUGACCAGCAUUGAAGAUAAGCCUCAUAAUUUCUGUUGUCAUUUGAAUAACCUCAGGAAUUUGCUUGUCGACAUUUGCGGUUCCGAUUUCAAUGUUCGCAUGCCAACCAAAACGAAUUUGGAGUUUCGCGAAAUGCUGACGCAUAUGCACAAGGAGCUAAUGGAACGCAUUGAAGGACUGCUGAUUGCCUGCAGCUGGGAGAGUCUGAGCAACUGUGUGCUCAACUAUGAUAAUGAGUGCACACGAACCAUUCGCCUCAUGGAGGAAUAUCGCAACAUGUGCAUCAUGGGUGAAUGUGCGAUGGCCAAACAGAUAUUCAACGAACUCAAGUCGAGUUGCAAUGCGAAAAUACUCUUGAAUUUCUAUGUGUUUCUCACAUCGGUUGAAAAUCUCAACUUCGAACAGGCGACCAACUACUUACGUCAUCAAAAAGAGAGCAACUGGAGUGGCGAGUACUUUGUCUGCCUUUUGGAGUUAUACGUCAAUUACAAAAUGCAUUUGAAGGUAGAGGAAAAUGAGGGUGAGGCAUAUAGCAAUCUAUUGGAACAGUUGCGCAUUUUCAGCAUACAAAACAACUUGGAUCGUGAAGUCUAUGUGUUGUUGUAUUGCUAUUACAAGCAAAAGAACUAUUUGCCAGGCAUGGAGUUCACACGCUGGCAGUACGAGAAUCUCUACGAUGUGCCACGCAAGAUUAUGCCGCUUAUACCACGAUCACUCUAUCAGUCCUUUAUACCCGUUGACUUUCAGAUGCGUGGCCAGCUGAUGCAUGCUCAUAGGUUCUACGAAGUCUUCAAGACAUUUGCUUGCUUGGGCGCUUAUGGAUUUGCUGAAAUUAUCUUUGCCGAAAUUGCCAGUGAAUUCACCACAAUCGAGGCAUAUUUGAUAACGACAACUUUGAAGAUUUUACAGGGUGAAAUUGACAAGAACUUUGUGGUUAAACGCAUCACCACGGACAACACUGUGUUCGGUAAAAUGUUGGGUUAUUACCAAGCACAUAUCAAUGGGAGUGUCGAGUAUUCACGGCGACGCUAUGACGAAGCAAUCAAACAUUACAAGGAUCUAUUGAGCAUUAAUCUGACAGAAGACGAAACGCGUUUCAUAUUCUACACGAGUCUCAUGCGCUUGGCUCGCCUGAGUUUCGAAAGAGAAGACUACGAACUUGCCGCACAGGCUUAUGAAAUGUGCACUCCAUACAGCAAAAGGGAUAAGAACUUUGUGGCUAACUAUGGCAGAGGAUUGGCUCUGUACUAUCAAAAUAAAUUGGAAGAUGCCAUUGAAUAUCUGUCGAGGAGUACGGAUAAUGAUAUCUUUGUACCUGAUCCAUGGGGCUAUUUAGCAGUCAUUAAUCUGCGUUUAAAUCGCAACAAGUCCGCUUUGGACUGCUGGAAAGUGGCCAAAAUGCAUCCGGAAAUGCCUUUAAAUAAUCGCAUCUAUGAGGAGCUGGAGAAAAUUAAAUACUCCGAUGUCUGUUUGCUGGUGGAAGAUGAUUGCAUGAUGAUUUAAAAUUGUUGAGCAGCGUAACAUUCUAGAAAUAAAA